UCGAUAGCAGCACACAUAAACAAACGUUAGUCAACGUAUCCUAAAUACUUUCGUUGCAUUAAUUGUGCUUUGCUGCUAGCAUAGAAAGUAAAGUGUUCAAUCGCUCAGGUGAAAUAAACUGCAUUCCACCUAAAUCUUGCACGAUGUCUCAUCGCAAUCUGACCGAAUUGUUCCAUAUGCUAAGGAACAAUGCUGUUCACAGCCGAAGCGUUAGCUACGAAAACAAUUCUGACAACGAAAAUCUGCUAGAAACGCCGGGAAAAUCCAACGAUCAGCCGCGCUGGAUUGGAAAGUACGAUGAAGCCAACUACCUGUUAUUCAAAAUUCAGGAGCGAAUCAAUGAGGUGAGAAAGUUACAGUCCGCAGAAGUACGGUCGGUGCUGAGCGAUGAAAACACAGCCAGUAGCAGCACGACUGAUGGAUUAAUAGCGGAAAUAAAGCAGCUCAUCUGUACCUGCCACGACAACAUAAACUCCCUGCGACGUGCAGAAAGCGGAAUGGAGGAUAUGCUGUUGGCGAACAUACAGCGACAUUGCUUCGUUAUGCUGCAAGGCAUCACCGAGGAGUAUCGGAAACUUUUAGCGAACAAAGCGGCUCGUUCACUCACGGAGACCGAGGGACCGCUGGGGUUGGAGCCGGGUGCGGGAAGCAGCGGUGCAACGGGCUCCUCCUCCUCCGCCGCAGGCCGUCACCAUGGGCCCGCGCACAAUUCCGUCGAGACGUUCGACAACUUUCUGCAGAUGGAAGCGGAAACGCACGGCGACGACGGAGACGAUCAGCAGCUCCUAGAUGAUUUCUUUCAGCUGCCGGCGACGGGCCUCACUAUCAACCAAAAGCAAAUCAUGCUCAUUCAGGCGGACAACACAAAGAUGCUUAAAAGCCGGGAGGAUGAGGUGCUGCGCAUGACCAACUCGAUAACGGACCUUAACGUUAUAUUCAAGGACAUUUCCAAACUGAUCCAAGAGCAGGGCACGAUUCUGGAUCGGAUCGACUACAACAUUGAGUCGGCACAGGUGCGCGUCAGCGACGGUCUGCGGCAGUUGCAGAAAUCCGAGUCGUACCAGCGAAAAAAUAAGAAAAUUCACUGUAUAAUGCUACUCGCGAUGGCCAUCAUGUUCAUGAUCAUUUUAAUUAUCUUUACAAAGCUAUAAAGCAAUUUGGUUGGUGAACAUUCUGGCAGCGUAUGCUGUGCUCGUUAAAAGGGUUAUAUAUUAAAUUUAUAUUUAUUUGCACUUUGUCCUCCAACAUUAGCCAGUGUUCUUCUCUCUGUUGAGAUGCAGUGGCUAAACUAAAAAUACAUGUGAUAGAU